CCGCGCAUACAUGCGGUUCCGAGGCUAGUACUUGGUGGAGAACGAGGGUGGAGACGGGGGUGUAUGAAAAAGAAAAACUCGAUCGAGUUAAUGGGGGUCUGGCGCAGAUUGGGUACAAAAGCUGAAGUCUUGUAUUCGACGACGUUCUCAUCGUCAUGGUCGACCCCUCUCGGUCUCAGUCGCCCGCUGUCUUCUGCAGCCAGUGGUAAUGGGCAGGCUGAAAUAAUGAGCGGAAAGCCAAUCGCAAAAGACAUAAGGUCCAGAGUAGCUGCUGAAAUAUGCAGAAUGAAGGCUGCCACAGGAAGACUGCCUGGAUUGGCUGUUGUUUUGGUGGGUAACAGAAAGGAUUCACACACUUAUGUCCAUCUCAAGUUAAAAGCUUGCAAUCAAGUCGGAAUAGUGACUUCUAUUGUUCAACUGCCCCAAGACUGUACUGAAGCUCGACUUAUUGAUGUUGUUUCAUCUUUUAACCGGAACCCGUCGGUGCACGGUAUAAUUGUGCAGCUCCCUCUUCCACAGCAUUUAGACGAGGAAAAGAUUAUAAAUUUUGUUAGUCCAGAAAAAGAUGUGGAUGGCUUUCAUCCCCUCAACAUGGGGAAUCUUGCCAUGCGGGGAAGGGAACCCUUAUUUAUCCCUUGUGCCCCUAAGGCUUGCAUUGAAUUGUUGCUCCGAUAUGGGGUGGAGAUUAUUGGGAAGAAUGCAGUGGUUAUAGGGAGAAGCAAGAUUGUUGGGUUAUCCACUUCUUUGCUAUUGCAGAGGCACCACGCGACUGUUAGCACCUUGCAUUCAUUCACCAAGAACCCAGAAGAAUUGACUCGUCGCGCUGAUGUUGUCAUCUCAGAUGUUGGGACUCCAAACUUAGUUCAAUGGGACUGGCUGAAGCCAGGGGCAGUUGUAGUUGAUAUGGGGACGAAUCCAGUUAAGGAUCCCAGUAGCCGUCGUGGUUUUCGUAUUACAGGAGAUGUUUGCUACUUGGAGGCAAUCAAGGUGGUGUCAGCCAUAACUCCUGUUCCAGGAGGAGUAGGACCUGUUGUAAUCUCAAUGCUCCUCUCUAACACCCUUGACUCUGCUAAAAGAGCUUUCGGAUUAACUUGACCUUUCCCCUAAGAAGAGAAUGCAAACAUGUAUAUGGGACUGCCGGGACAUGAGAGAGUGAUGGGAUGGGGGUGAUUAAAACUGCAAUUGUAUGGCUAGAGGACAACACAUUUUCAAUUGUAGCAUCACUCUCUCUCUCUUAGGGGUAAACCUUUUAUGCUUGUUAGUUUUUGGUCAUCCGACCUUCACUUGAUAAGCUGCUCGUCGGUUGGUUUAGUUCCGGUUGGUCGUGAUUCCUGUAGUAGUUGUUUCUAUCUGACCAAUCUAACAAAGCGGGUCUAAAUUUAAGAGAUUUAGUGGGUCUAAUAAGAGUUAUUUUGAAGUCUCAACUUCUAACUCGGCUCGACCAGUGGAAGGCAAACCAAAAUCUAGAGAGAGAAAAACCCGCAGUCGAAAAAAAACCAGCGUUUUGCUAGUUAUCCUCUGUCCGAUGGUGCCCCAACGUCAAGUUGGCUUUUGGCCUCACCGAUGUUGUGCGGUUGCUGGGUGACGGGUGAUUGUUUCCAGUGCUUGGGUUGUGGUUCUAUGAGAUUGUUUUGCUUGGCGGAAUGGUAGUGGAUGACUGGCGUCCUUCUUUUCCAGUUCGAAACAUAUACCAUGCAGCGACGUUGGCAUCAAGACAGCGGCUUGGUGCGCUGGUAACCUAAAUCUGAUUGGGUUCGGGUCUGCUGGGUACUCCAGGUUCGAUCACCACGUGUGGUGGUGACGUGAACAUGGUGCAACAGGCAACGGAGUUCCUGGAUUGGUGGCGGCGGUGGAUGCAGUCGGUGUCCGGGUGACUGAGUGGAGACGGGGCUGGGCGGUGUCAGCCUUGUUGGACCUUGGGCCUUGACUUUCCUUUUGGGCCACACUAGACUGUUGCCUUUUUCUUUCUUUUUUCCCGAAAAAUCCCCACUAUUUUCCGGUGGUUCCGCACCGGUCUAUUUUGGUAGCUUGUUGGUCUAAUUUGUCUAAUCUAUGCUAGCUGAAGCUCUUCUAUGAGUCAAUGUUUCGUACUACAAUUGCAUGCUUGGUAAGAAUUGGUAACAGCCUGUAUUUUUUCUUUGAAGGCGAAGUUCUUUUUUUAGUUAUAGACUUUGGAGUUUUAUUGUUCAAGAAAUAGCUGCGUAAUGCUUGCGUUCA